AUGGAAUCGUCUGCCUAUUCCGAACUCCAAGCUGCAACGGAUAAGGGUCCUUUUCAAAACUUCAAGCUGGUCAGCUUACAACAAUCAGGCAACCAUCACCGCCCCCCGUACUGCGCUGUUUUGCAUCGAGUUACAGAAAACUCACCCGGAUGGCUGGACAGUAGAUCAGACUUUGAAAGGGCGAUUCCUGUUCAUGAGCCCACGCCACUCGAAACAACCCAAUUCUUGGAAACAUCCGGACUCUGGGUGUACAAUCUAGUACAAGGUCGGAGAGCAUCCCAUGAGAAAAGCUUGCAGUUGAGGGUACAACAAUAUGAAGCCUUGUCCUGUUGUUGGGGAACGGAGGAGGCCACAGAGCACAUUUACAUUAGCGGCUUGUCUCGUCUCGACAUGAAGGAUUUUCCAUGGAUGCGUAUGUCGAAGUACUUGUGCGAGCAGCUUCGUGAGAUCUUGACGUCGGUAUUGUCUGGUGCCGAGCUUUAUGGAAAAGCAUCACAAGAAUUCAGAGACGGCUUUUUUGUGAACCAAUGCCUUUUUCUUUUUAACCCGGGAAGGGUAUAUGGGUGUUUCCGCAAGGGGCCUUCGCAAAAUUCCGGCCGAUACGAGGUUGUCGGGCCGUGUUUCGUGCAUGGAUUAAUGCUCGGCGAGGCCUUGAAGCCGCCUCUGGAGCCGCCGUGGAUAUACAGGUUUCCUGAGAGAAAGGCCUGGGCAUUGCCGUAUUUUUUCAACACCAAGACAGGUGAGCUGUUGGAGAGUGAUCCAAGGCUUGAACCUUUGCCUCAUGCUUGGGAGGAGGUGGAGUCGAUCGAUCCUUUUGAGCCGCUCUCCGUGUUCAAGAACACAAUUAAUGGAGAAAUCAGCGUGAAUGAUCCGAGGAUAUCAGCAGAAGCUAUUCAGAAAAGAGGCAUCAAGCUUGAGACUCUAGAGUUGAUCUAA